GCCGUUAGACUCAGGAGCAGAUUACAGGGUGUGCCCAACUGACUCUUAAGGUUGCAUAAGCAAGAUUUCAAAAUUAAUCCUACUCUGGAGACCUCGACCUAGUGUACAAAGUUCCUGGCUGGAAAAGAAGAACUGUAUAGCAUUCUUUUUUUUUUUUUUUCUUCAAACCUUUACCCUUACUCUUGUAUCCCCGCCUUCUCCUUCUGCAGGAAACUUUAUUUCCUAUUUCUGCACACCCAGUUCCUACCUCCAGAUCUGCUCGGUUCUGUUGCUGAGAAGCCUGACGAACCAGUGCCCCUUGGAAGAAGCCAUCCACUGGGCACAGGGAGAUGGGUGACGAUAAAGAUGUGCUGGCCGAGUUCAGCCACAACAUGCUGUCCACAGCUCAUUCUCUGCUUCCAACGAACAUCAAGGGGUACGAUGAGGACACCACCUCCCCCUUUGACUACGGGGAAAGUGAACCCUGCAAAAAAGUUGACGUGAAACGUAUCUCAGCCUGGCUCCUGCCCCUGCUCUACUCGAUGGUGUUCAUCGUUGGUUUUGUGGGCAACCUGCUGGUCGUCCUCACCCUGAUAAACUGCAAGAAGCUGAAGAGCAUGACUGACAUCUACCUGCUCAACCUGGCCAUCUCCGACCUGCUUCUCCUUCUGACUUUGCCAGUGUGGAUCCACUCUGUCACCAACGAGUGGGUCUUGGGGGGCGCGAUGUGUAAAGUCAUCACAGGUAUAUACCAGGUUGGUUAUUUUGGGGGAAUCUUCUUCAUCAUCCUCUUGACAAUCGACAGGUACCUGGCGAUCGUCCAUGCUGUGUUUGCUUUAAAAGCCAGGACGGUCACGUUCGGGGUGGCGACGAGCGGGGUCACGUGGGUGGUGGCUGUGCUGGCCUCUCUCCCAGGAAUCAUCUUCACUGAAGCCAAACUUGAAGACGAUGCUUACUUCUGCGGCCCCUAUUUUCCAGUAGAAUGGAAGAAUUUCUAUUCGAUAAUGAGGACUGUCUUGGGCCUGGUCCUGCCUCUGCUCGUCAUGGUCGUCUGCUACUCAGGGAUCCUGAAGACCCUGCUCCGGUGUCGGAACGAGAAGAAGAGGCACAAGGCGGUGAGGCUCAUCUUCGUGAUCAUGAUCGGUUACUUCCUCUUCUGGACCCCCUACAACAUCACUCUGAUCCUGGACACCUUCCAGGUGUUCUUUGACGUGAGUAGCUGUAAGACCGCCAGCCAGCUGGACAAAGCCAUCCAUGUGACGGAGACCCUGGGGAUGACGCACUGCUGUGUCAACCCCAUCAUCUACGCCUUCGUCGGAGAGAAGUUCAGGCGGUAUGUCUCCGUGUUUGUCCGAAAGCACAUCGCCAAACACCUCUGCAAACAAUGCCCGAUUUUCUAUCGGGAGACCGUGGAUCGAGUGAGUUCAGGAUACACCCCUUCCACUGGGGAGCAGGAGGUCUCAGCUGGUUUGUAAAUGAGCAGCUGUUGGCUUGUUGUUUUCAAAGGGACAUAGCAAUCUCUAUAUGAUAGUACACCCUCAGGGUUUGUUGAAGUAUAUAGGUCUGCAAAGUCUCUAAAGCAAGUACCCAGGAACCUUGGCCUUGCAUGCACUGAGACAGACUCACAUCACUCCUUGCAUGGCUGAUAUGUCCUCAGGGAAUAUUCCAGAACAACUGCAGGCAGAGACUUGGACUCUGUAGCAAGCGUGUCUCAAUUCCCGGACAAUGCCUCGACAGCCUGUGUUUGGUCCUCCCCGCAGUCCACACCACGCCUUCCCUUGCUCUCUGAGUCUAGCAGUCUCUUUAAUCAAGUACGCAGUGAGACCACUGUGGGCAAAGGAAGUGAGGGUGAGCAGGGGCGGCCGCAGCAGAGAGGAGGGGGGAGUGAGCACGGCUGAGCCUGGAUGAGGGUGGAAGUCAGGGGUUUGUUCCUUCAGCCCACCAAGUACCGGUCCCUAGCCCCAUCUCCCACCCCUGUUUGACUUUGAAGGCUCCCCCAGGCCCUGGAGAGCUCAGGAGCCAUCAUCACUUUCUGACAGCUUUGUUUGAGCCCCACGGUCCUCUCCUCCAUAACUUCAUUUUCGAUUUAUCCUGCUUUAUCUAUACCAACCACUCACCCUGCUGCUGCAAUCCAAUAGAUUCCCGCUGUCCCCAUGUUUCUUGGGCCAAUCCCCCUGUACAAAAAUGUGUACAAAUGUUCGUGUAUGAAAUAGGCGUAAUCUAUAAUGAGAUGAAAAAAAACCCUUGUUUUGUUUUUCCAGGGAGAGGGGAGGGUUGGAGGUAGAGAUUAGGAGAAGGGGUGGAGACAGUGAGUCCCCCCAUCAGGGGUACAGGGCCAUAGCGAGAGAGAGAGCAACCCUGGCUCAGCAGUGUGGGCAUCAUUUCUCCAAGCGAAAGGCUGAGGGUUCGAUUCCUGGUCAGGGUACAUGCCUGGGUCGCAGGCCAGGUCCCUGGCUGGGGGCUUGCAAUGGGCAACAGAUUGGUGUUUUUCAUUCUCUCUUUGUCUCCCUCUUUUCCCCUCUCUCUAAAAUAUAAAUAAAAUCUUUAAAAAAAAAAAAAAA